AUGCAAUCAAGUUAUAAUGAUUUUUCAAAAGUUCAAAGCCAAACAAUUAAUAAUACAAUGGAUAUGGUAAUUAAAUCAUGUGAUAUAAUGAUUGAAAAUAUUAAAUUUAAAAUUGGAGAUCAUGAUGAAAAAAAUCAAAAUCAAUUAAAUCCAAAUAUAAUUAGAAUAUUAGAUAUCGGAUCUAGUCAUGGUAGAAACUCAAUUAUACCAAUUAAUUUAAUAAUUUCAACUGUAUUAAAACAAUUUCCUAAUCAGUGUUUUGAAGUAUACCAUGAAGAUUUACCUGAAAAUAAUUUCUCAUUACUUUUUAAAGAAAUCUCUGAUAAUAAAAAUAGUUAUAUUAAAUUAUCAAAUCAAAUCUAUUUCUAUGGUAUUGGAAACUCAUUCUACAAUCAACUAGUGCCCUCAAACACCAUAGAUUACGUCUUCUCCUUCUCCGCAUCCCAUUGGAGUAACUAUCACGUAUCAUUCCACUACGACCCUGACUCGAUUGGUGUUUACUGUAAACACAGAUCAAAAGAAUACAAACAAUAUUGCAUUGACAUUUUAUAUAAAAACUUUUCACUUCGUGCUAAAGAAUUAAAAAAAGGUGGUAUUUUCAUGUUAACUGUAAUGAAUGAAAAUGAAAAUGAAAAUGAAAAUGAAAAUGAAAAUGAGACACCCACCUCAUCCACCACCACUACCACUACCACCACCACCUCCAAUGAAAAUAAUGUACUUUAUGAAUUAUUUAAACUUUCAAAAACAGUUUGGAAACAAAUGGCAAAUGAAAAUUUAAUUUCAAUGAAUGAAGUUGACAAAAUGAUUAUUCCAAUUAAUUUUUAUAGAAAAGAUGAGAUUUUAGAUUCAAUUAAAAUGGUUGAAAAUGAUUAUGGUUUAAAGUUAAUUUCAAUAAAAUUACAUCUUCAAAAGUUCUCUGAUAGUCAUGAUAGUAUGAUUUUAUCAGAUCAAGAAAAAUCCGAAAUUUUAUUCUCAUAUAUGAAUGCCGCUUGUGAAACAUCACUUAAAAAUUUUAUAAAUGGUGAUCAAACUACUAAAGAUUCAUUAUAUCAAUUAUUUAUUUCAAAAUUUAUUAAUCAAAUUAAAAUUUCACCAAUUAAAAAUAUUGAAAAUCUAUUUAGUUAUUAUUCAAUAAUUUUAGAAAAAGAUUAA